CUCUACCACCCUCUUGUGUCGAUAUUCAAAACUAAACAAAAAAAAAAAGCAAAGUGCGUGCAGCAAUAAUGGCACCUUUUUUUCAUCGUCCAAACCUCUCGAUUUUGCAUUUGUUGAUCUUAGUUUUCUCAGUUUUUGGCUUCAGGUUGCAUGCAAGUGAUCCUUAUUUGACACUGGAUUACUAUGCGUCUAAAUGCCCAACCGUGUUCGAGAUUGUCAAGAAAGAAAUGGAAUGUGCUGUUCUUUCUGAUCCACGUAACGCUGCCCUCAUAGUUCGAUUACAUUUCCAUGACUGCUUUGUACAGGGAUGCGACGGGUCAGUUUUGCUUGACGACACAAUCGACCUGAAAGGAGAGAAAACAGCUUCUAUCAAUAAAAAUGCCCUUAAAGGUUUUAGACUGAUUGAUAGGAUCAAGAACAAGCUUGAAUCUGAAUGCCCUGGAAUUGUGUCGUGUGCAGAUAUUCUUACUAUUGCAGCAAGAGAUGCUGUCAUCCUGGUUGGUGGACCUUAUUGGGAUGUUCCAGUGGGAAGAAAGGAUUCGAGAACUGCAGGUUACGAACUCGUAAGCUCGAAUAUGCCCGCUGCGGAUGAGGGUCUUCUCUCUAUCAUCUCCAAGUUUCUUUAUCAAGGCCUCACAGUCACGGAUAUGGUGGCUCUUUCAGGAGCUCACACAAUUGGAAUGGCACGGUGUGAGAAUUUCAGAAAAAGGAUCUACGGAGACUUUGAAUUAACUUCAGAGAAAACUGUAUUGUCUGAAACGUAUCUCAGUAAAUUGAAAUCAACAUGCCCUGCCGUUGGAUCAGACAAUAACGAAUCAGCAAUGGAUUAUAUUACACCAAAUCUCUUCGACAAUUCUUUCUACCAAACACUUCUCAAAGGAGAGGGACUUCUCAACUCAGACCAGGAAAUGUACUCAAGCGCACUUGGAAUCCAAACAAAGGAGCUUGUGAAGAAGUAUGCACAUGAACCUCUUGCUUUCUUCCAGCAAUUUUCUGAUUCUAUGGUCAAAAUGGGAAAUAUUACCAAUGCGGAUAGCUUUGAGAAUGGAGAAGUGAGGAAGAAUUGCAGAUUUGUGAACACAUGAGCUAUGUACGUGCGUGUAAAGUUCAGGAAUGAUAUUUUAAUUUUUAUGUUGAUGAAGAAGUGAAAACAACUCACACAGAUUGUAUGUAAUACAGUUAUUAAGAACUGGAGUUUGUUUUGUGAUUCAUUUUGAUAAUCUUAUGAAGGUGAAUUAUUAUUAA